UAAGAAUAUAAAACAAUAUAAUUUUGUAUUAUGGUCAAUACAUCCGUCAAAACCAAUGCUAAAAACUCUUCUCCCUCUAAUUAAUUCAAGCACACCAUUGUCUUUGUUGACCAUAAUUUCCCAUUUCUCUAUUUCACCAAUAGUACAGAUCCUUGAUUCUUAUUCUAGAGCUCGCGCAACUCAAGAAACAGAGAGAAUCUUAAUUACUCGGGAGAAUAAUUCCUACCAAAGCAUUGAGAAUUAUGAGUUCUGAGUCGAAUAAAACAGCUCCAAAUUUCAGUGACAAUUCUUUGGAACCAGAAGUGCAGCAGGGAAAGAUUAACGAGGUGAAAAGGUUAAUUGGGCCACAGUCUGGUAAAUUGGCUCUUUAUUGUUCCGAUGCAUCCAUUUCAAGAUACUUAAGGGGACGAAACUGGAAUGUUAAUAAGGCAGUUAAAAUGCUUAAAGCGACCCUAAAGUGGAGAAUGGAAUACAAACCUGAAGAAAUUCGCUGGGGCGAUGUUGAAAAGGAGGCAGAAACUGGAAAAAUUUACAGGGCGAGUUAUAAAGAUAAGCACGGAAGGCCAGUUCUGGUCAUGAGGCCUAGGUGCCAGAACACAAAAUCAACAAAAGGCCAAAUUAAGUAUUUGGUUUAUUGCAUGGAGAAUGCAAUUCUAAAUCUUCCUCAAGACCAGGAGCAGAUGGUCUGGUUGAUUGAUUUUCAUGGUUUCAGUAUGUCGAAUAUAUCAAUAAAGGUAACACGGGAAACAGCUCACGUCCUCCAAGAACAUUAUCCCGAGAGACUUGGAGUUGCAAUUCUAUAUGAUCCACCGAAGAUAUUCGAACCAUUUUGGACGGUUGCGAAACCUUUCCUAGAGCCUAAAACUGUUGCCAAAGUCAAGUUUGUUUACUCGGACAACGCUAAUACAAUGAGCAUCAUGGAUAAUUUGUUCGACAUGGAAGUGGUGGAGUCUGCAUUUGGCGGAAAAGAUGAUAUGGGUUUUGACAUCAACAAGUAUGCUGAGAGGAUGAAGGAGGAUGAUAAAAAAAUUCCUUCGUUUUGGACAACUGAUAAUAAUCUGGCAGCAACAUCACUUCCUGCUGCCCCCAGUUUAGAUCCCACUAAUUCAGAGCCAGAAUCCGAUGCGCCUGAAGAAAAAGCAGACAAAUCAUCGUCUCCUAAGGAUAAUGGAGAUGACACAUUGGCAAAUGAAUCUCUACCUUCGAAACAGAAGUGAGGUAAUUCCAUACGGUUCCUAACUGUGUAAUAAUUUUUGUUUAGCGAUAAUUUUGACUGUUCGACUAGGACUGCUGGCACUAUCAUCGUAUUCUUUGGUUUCUACUUUUUCUGGACAAGAAAUGUGUCUUGUAGCCAAUGUAAUUGGACUUCUGCAGUUCAAUAACUGCUUGGUUUUACUGAUCUUCUGUUGACAUGGUCUGGUGCUCCUUAUAAUGGGAAGUUCUUGAAUAAAGCAUAUUCAUGAAGUUUCAAAUU